CUGGGAUAUGCUGAUAUGAUCAGAUGUGUCCCACAUCGGCUGCGGAAGGGCUUCGUUCCUCGGCCGCGUCACGAGGAGCCGACGCAACGGGGCGGCCGAGUCGCAGCCAAAGUGACGUAUGCGGUCCACGAACGCGUCCUACCCAGAAGCAGUCCACCGGAACUGAGACAGGUCUUUGUUGUGGCUCCAGACGAACGCAGCGAGCAGGCUAAACCGUCUGCUAAUUGUGUCGUAUCAGUCACCAUGACAACCAAGGGAGGACUGAUAACGGAUUCAUUCAAGGUGGUGAAGAAAGCAGGGAAUAGGCCGAAACGAGAGAAGAGGCCCAGUGCUCCGCCGGCGCAGGAAGAGCCGCAAACUGCAACGAUCCAAGAGGAGGAGAACUGGCAGAGACUGCGGCAGUUUGAUCUGGACUGGAGCUUUGGGCCGUGCACAGGAAUCAGCAGGCUACAGAGAUGGCAGAGAGCCAAGCUUCAUGGUCUGAGCCCCCCAGAGGAGAUCAGAGACCUGCUGCUGCAGACACACGCUGAGUACAACCUUAGCCUGUGGAGUUCAUAUCCUUUGUGAAGAAGAAGCUGUAAGAAGAAGAAAUAUAAUGCAAACAAAAGUCAAGCUAAUCAUAUAACACCCCAAAUCACAGACGUGUCUCGUAGAGGGAUUCACCUUAAUCCCGGAGCCGCAAAAGAAGACUACAAAAAAAACUUUACCGGGGUAAAGUAUUCAAAUAGCAAACCUGAAGGGUUUGCUUUUUGAGCAAAAGCAGCCGAGAAGGGCUUAGCAAUGACAAAACAAUUCUCCUUUGUGUUUUCCUCUCCAUGCAAAGUAUUUAUUCACAUUUUUUAUUAAAGAAGGAAUUCUACAAAAAAUACUGACUCCUUCUAUCUUACAAUGUGUAAUGGAGUGAGCGGUUAACAGACUGUCGACUCAAAUUAAAUAAACGACAAUGGGCUGCACAUUCAGAUUAUUU